AGUCCGAAAUAAGAAAAACUCGAAGGAUUAGAAAACUAACCUUUUGAAAGAUAAAACUCCGAAAAUCAGAAAUCUCUAAAACCCUACUGGAGCCAAUAAACUCAACAGAAGCAAAAAAAGAAACUGCAAACGGACAUGCUUCCUCACUUCAAUUCUCACCUCCACAACCCUAACAAUCAACUUCAACUCAAUGGAGCUAAUGCUUCAGCUCCACAUCAGGUUAUGGGGAGCCAAGGCAAUUUAGGGCAAAUAAACCCUCAGUUUCGACCGGGAGUGCUCAAUAAUGCUCAGCUGCCAAUGCCACCCUUUACGAACCCAAAUCCCUUUUUUGCUCCAAACCAAUUUUUCCCCUUUCCACAAGGCGCUUUCCACAACCUAAAUGCUAACAAUUUGCCUCAGCCUUUCGCUCAGAAUGCCAUAAACCCUGCUCAGUUCUUGCCUAAUUGGCAACUGAAUAUGCCUAAUUUAGUGCAAAAUGUCACCCAGCUUCUGCAAAUGCAAAUGAUGAAUGCUGCCCCUCAAGAUUUGGGUCUUUUUAUGAAUGCACAAUCGGGUGCAGGAAGUAACAACGGGGUCUUGCCACUGCCUGUUGAUGGAAACAGUUUAACGCGUAUGAACCAUAAUAACGCUGUAACCAAAGAUAUCGGUGUUCAUCAUGCACAACGAAAUUGGGAUAUCUUUUCUCCUGGUGCUGCAAACCCGCAGAGCGAUGCUGGAGUAGUUAAUGAUGUGAAUGACAGAAAGAAUACUUGGCGAAAACCUCAUGACAAGAACUUCACUGGGAACCAUAAACAUAAUGAAUCACAGAGAGGAUUUGGCAACAAGCAAUUUCAUACUCGCCAAAAUGCACAGGGAAACUUCAAGUUUAAUAAUGAAAAUCGAGGAAAAGGGAACAAAAAAUUUGUAGGGAAGAACUUUAACUUAUCCAGCCCUUCUGAGCAAAUUCAAGUGGGAAAAAAGAGGUCUCUCAUGUUAAAUUAUACAGAACAAGAAAUUCAACAUUGGCGUGAAGAACGCAAGAAAAACUACCCAUCACAAACCAACAUGGAGAAGAAGUUGAAAAAGAAUCCAAAACAGCCCGAGGUCACAGAUGAAGCCGCAAAGAUAAGACGGCAGCAACUCAAGGAAAUAUUGGCAAAACAAGCUGAAUUAGGUUGUGAAGUAGCAGAAAUACCAUCUUGUUACCUAUCUGAUCCUGAGCAACAGACAGAUGGUAACAAACAAAAUAAUAAGGCAUUUGGAAAGAGGGACAGAUUUCAUAACAAGUUUGAUAAGAAGGGCAGAUUCCAGCAUAGUGACCGCUUCUCUAAGAAACAAAGAUAUGAAAAUGGUCAUUCUGCUAGCUUGCAAAACCAAACGACCAACCCGCAUAGAGAGAAUAAAAAGGAGCCAUCUCUGUUGAAGAAACUACUAAGUUCUGAGAUCAAGAAAGAGAAGAAACAUCUCCUGCAGGUUUUCAGGUUCAUGGUAGUGAAUAACUUCUUUGAGAAUUGGCCUGAAAAACCUCUGGAAUUCCCUAAAGUUAUUGUCAAAGAAUCUGGUGAUGAAAGUGAGAUUGUAAAACAGAAACCCUACGUGAUUAAAGGUGAUACUUCUAGUGCCCUUGCUACUCUAGAAAAUGGUCUAGAUAAAGAUGAUGAUGUUUGUACUGCAAAAUAUCCAAAUGGUGAAGAUGUAGGUGAAAGACCUUAACAAGUUGAGGAAAUCACUAGCUCAAAAAUUUCAUCUUUUACAUGUUACCAGUAUUUUUAUCAUAUGUAUAUAUUAAUCUGGUGUCGCAAAUUUUCUUAUAAUCAUAAUGUUUUUGUGUGC